AUGACUGAUGUUGUUCAGCUGUUUGACGAUGCCACAGAUGUGUCACAUUCUUCCGCGGUGUUGGUCCUCAACACACUUGUAGAGGAGGGACGGAUUAUUGAAGAACGUGCGGAGUAUCUUAAACAAAAGUUUAAGGAACUUCACAACCGCGUAUUGGUUGUCUACAAACGUGAUAACUUCCUCUUAAAACGGGCUCGACAGCUGCGGAAGGAACUAGAUACGGAGAAGGAGCGCAUCGCAGCCCGAGGCACUGUGGCCGUGGAGGAUGAUACGGAAAUUCAGCGCCUCAAGAAAGUCCUCAUGGAGGCGGAGAAUGAACUCUCAGAGGCGCAGGAGCGGGAAAGUAUUCUGCAGGUGGAGGCCCUCGAGUUUGAUCGGAAGAAACACACAAUGCUGCUGGAGCGGGAGGACGCUCUCGCCGCGGAAGAGGCACGACUGCGGCCUCGCAUGGAAGCCCUUCAGGCAGAGAUGAAUGCCAUGGGGAAGGAAAUUGAAGAUAUGACAACGGAAUUACAAACAAUUGGAGCCAAACGGGAUGAAAUACUUGCAGAAGAAACAGAAUGUAAAGAGAAAUUACGACACUGGAAUGAAAUUAUGGCAGAUGCAACAAAACAGUUAACAAAUGUUGAAAAGGCUCCUGAACGAGCGAUGAAACAAACAGAAAUUGUUAUAAAAAGUUAUCAAGCUGCACAACUUGAAUUAAGUGCUCUAGAUGAAAAAUUACAGGUUCAAAUGGAUAUGAUAGCAAAACUAGAACUAAAGAAAAAUACCCGAAAUACAGAUUAUACACAAGCUCAGGCUAAUUUGCGAAAACUGAAAGCUCAAAUUGAUUCUAAACGUAUCACAAUUGAUACAUUAAAUACUUCACUCGAGAUGGAACUAGAGGCACGUCAAGGAUAUCAGCAACGUAUUGCACAACUAGAACAACUUAUUAAGACGACUCAUAUAGCCAGAGAAACAGAACUAGGAAAUGUAGAACAUGUACAUCGUGAAAUGGAGCGAACUAGUGCAGCAUACACCGAAUUAGAACAUACAGUUGCAAAUAUUUUAAAAGAGCAACAAGAUAUCAAAGAAAAUAUUGGUAAAGUUAAAAAACAUAUAGAACGUGUUCAAGGUGUACGUAAGAGAAAUGCUCAACGACUUGAGGAUGAACAGCGGGUAAUGGAACUACGAACACGUGCUUUUAUGAGAGAACAAAGUCGUGAAGAAGGCUUUAUUGCUAAAGCUGAAGCAGUUCGAGAAGAUAUUGCGGCUUUAAAAAGUGAAAUUAAUGGAAGAGCAUUACAGGAAGAAGUGAAACGACGUGAAACAGCAGCGCUAGUAGUUCGAAGACAAGAACUUAACCGUGAUUGUGCAAGAGAGAACAGUCGUAUCAAGAUGGGGAAAGAUGAAUUACGAAUGAAAGAAAUGCAUGUAAAUGAAGUCCGUAAACGUCGAGAUGAAUUAGAACAUCGUUUGAAUUCUAUUACUGAAAUGUUUCAAAAUAUAAAACGUGAACGUAGUCACAAGGCAGCACAAAUUCAAGCUGUUACACAGAAAAUGACAGAAAUGUCUGAAAAAAAGACUAUUCUUGAAAAUGAAUUAGCUGUAUUAUGCCGUGAAUCUGCAUUGAAAGAAACAGAAUUAACAAGAAAAAAACGACAAGUUCAAGAGCUUCGUCAAAUCUGUAAAAAUCUUCGUAUGGAUAAGAAUAGACAACGAAAGAAUUUAGAAAAAGUUUCUGAUGAAGAACGAAAUAUCAAAAAUGAAGUAAGGCGUGUAAAUGAACAAAUUGCUUCUCUUGAAGAAGAUAUGGAAGAUGUGAAAAAUACAUAUAAUGAGGUUAUUGAAGGUCGAAACUAUGCUGGUGUACAACUUCUUGAUCGAAACGAUGAACUUUGUGUAUUGUAUGCCCGAGUAAAUGCACAGGAAAAAGCUAUUCGUGAUGGUGUUCUUAUGGAUAAUGCUCGUCGUGAUGAAAUACGUGCCCUACAAAUUAAACUUGCUGAUCUUCGCCGUGAAGUAGAUGUAGUUCAGAAGUCUGUUCCAAAAGUAAAAGAGUUGGAAGCACAAUUGGAGACUCUAGUAGAUGAAAUUGACGAUGAACGAUGGAAGAUUGAAGUACUUGAAAAUGAUUUGACUAAUCCUAAAAACCCUUACCGAUGGAGAGUUAUUUCAAGAAAAACAGCAGGACGAGAGUUUCCUACUGAAGUAGAAGGAAAACACGCUGAUACCGCUAAUACAACACUUCCAGGAGCUUCUACAUUAGCAAGAAGCGGAGUUGAAGGACCUUCAGAUGAAUUUCUUCACUUGCAGCAACGUUGUCUGGAGCUUGAAGAGAGGGUAAAUGCUAUUAAUGAACGAAUUCGUGAAAAAGAUCUUAUUUUGGAAGAGGUAACAGAACUUACGUCACGAGUUACUGAACAAGCAAAAAGUGGACGUGAAUUUACAUUGGCACUUGCUAAACAAGUGAAUUCUCAUCACAGUAGUAUUCGGGCUAAAACUCGACAAAUGAUGGCAACUGUUUCUGAACUCUCUGUUUUUCAGGCUUCUGCCAUUCAAUUGAAACAAGAUGUACAGCGACUAGAAUGUUUAGUAGAAGAGGCUGAACGUAAUAUGCAGCAAGGUGAAGCACCUUUUGCUGAAGCAGAAGAGCGAUACCUGCGGGAGAUAGAAAGUAGACGUCGUUACGCCGAUAUGUUAAGACACCGGAAGGAAAAAGAGGCAGAGGCAACAGCAGCAUCAAAAACGUUAAUUACGACUGCAGAACAACGGCCAAAUGCUUAUAUUCCUGAUGAUGGAUUAAGUGUUCCUAAACCAUUUGGUGCCCUUGUGCCAUUUAAACCCACACCUAUGGUUCAAUCAUCACGUUUUUACCGAAGUCAAGUAGAGCACUAUCAGGCUAGGGAAAUGCAAAACCGAGUUAUGGGCGGACAUAUUCCGGUAGAUCAGGUAUCUAGUGGAAAGAAAAAGACCAAUGUAAAGUCUAACCACCUUUCUGUGACGCACUGA